AGGCCCCGCUGGCCCCCACCUGGCGAGAAGCGGCAGCAAAAGCGGACGGCGAACCACCUCCGUUCACACUCUUAUCUCUCUCUCUUCCCUUCUUUAUUUUAACUUCUCUCUCGCUCUCCUCUUUCACUCUUGCUCCCCCCCCACCCACCACCUCUUACUCGCUCUUCUUCUUCUUCGUUCACUCUCAUCGCCCACUCCACCGUCAGCCCGCUCUCGGCGGCAAGUAACGGGCAACUAAAAACAAAUUUGGCCUCAAAAGCGCACGGGAGAGGAAAUUUUAAACUGCAAGAGGGGGGAAAAAAAUAUCGUUGGGUAAAUUCUUUAUUUUAUUGUAAACAUAGAGGAUUAAAAAAAAUUUAUAAAAAAAUUUACUAAAGCAACGAACAGCAAAAAGCAACUAGCAUAAUAAUCAUUUCUCAAUACUGUAUUACCAGUACAGUACCUUAAGCCUAGUUUCAAACGGCUUGCGGCCACCAUUAGCUACGCAACAAUUCUAGCCAGAAUAAAUAUUCAUCAUCGUCAUCGAACGCUGCUGCCUUCUCAGCCAACAACAAUAACGCAACCAGCCGAGGCCACAAACACCCCGUCUAUCUCUUCUCUCCUCACCGCUGCCGGUCCAUUGUUUUUUUGAGUCGAGAGCGAGGAGAAAUCAGGUGCAGUCAACCAGCUCGGGUUGGUGGGGGGUUAUUUUUGUGUGUGUUAAGUCAAAAGGAGAUUUUUUUUUUUUUUUAAAAAAAAAGCACAAUGGGUCUCAGGGAGCGCAAGUCGCCCUCGGAGACGGCGCUCGAAUGCCAACAGGCAGUGGACAGGAGCGGACCGGAGUAUGUGGACAUCCUGGAGCUUCCCGACCAGGAGGUCAACAAGAAGGCAUCUGCCACCGAGACCAGCAGCAGCACAAACGGCGGUCCUCCGUCCAUCACCAGCAACACCGUCGAUUCCUCCGUCUCCAAGGCGACGGACGACGAGGACCUGAGCAGCACCGUGACCUCCGCAUCAGCUCCGCGUCGCGUCGUGUGGAGGAACGUGAUUCUCAUGAGCCUCCUGCACCUCGGAGCGCUCUACGGGCUGCUGCUGCUACCCGUCGCUCACCCCAUCACCUGGGUCUGGACUUGGUUCUGCUUCACGGUGAGCGCGCUGGGCAUCACUGCGGGCGCGCACCGCCUCUGGAGCCACCGCUCCUACAAGGCCUCCUUGCCGCUGCGGGCCCUUCUCGCCGUCGCCAACUCCAUGGCUUUCCAGAACGACAUCUUUGAGUGGUCACGUGACCACCGCGUGCACCACAAGUUCUCAGAGACCCACGCCGACCCGCACAACGCCAAGCGCGGCUUCUUCUUUUCCCACGUGGGCUGGCUCCUCCUGCGCAAGCACCCCGAAGUCAUCACCAAGGGCAAACGCCUCGACCUCUCGGACCUGGAGAAAGACCCCAUUGUGCAGUUCCAGCGCAAGUACUACAAGCCCUCCGUUGUGCUCAUGUGCUUCAUCGUGCCCACGGUGGUGCCCUGGUACUUUUGGGGAGAAACCAUUCACACCGCCUUCUACCUGGCGGGGCUGCUGCGAUACACGCUGGCGCUCAACGCCACGUGGCUGGUCAACUCGGCGGCGCACAUGUACGGCAUGCGGCCCUACGACAAGAACAUCAACCCGCGGGAGAACCGCUUUGUCACCAUCAGCGCCAUCGGCGAGGGAUUCCACAACUACCACCACACGUUCCCGUACGACUACGCGACCAGCGAGUACGGCUGGCGGCUCAACCUCACGACGAUGUUCAUCGACUUCAUGUGCUGGGUGGGACUGGCGAGCGAGCCCAAGAAGGUGUCGCGGGAGAUGGUGAUGGCGCGCAAGAUGCGCACGGGCGACGGCAGCGGGCGCAGUGGCUAGCCGGGGGCCCCCGCCGCGUGUGGAGCCGCACGAUGCGCCCGAGGUUGGGGGGGGGGGGGCGGGGGGGGGGGGGGGGGGGGGGGGGGGGCGGUGGGGGGGUGGGCCCGGGGGGACGCACGUCACCGGCGGGUGCUGCCUCCUCCCACUCACCCACUACGGAAUUCGGCCGGCGGGCGGUCCUCCCCCGUCCCCGCCCGCCCCCCUCACCGCGCUAACCGCGUUGACAAGGGGGGCGGCGUAGACGGAACGGGAGCAGCCCGAUCCUGACGCGUGUCUCUCCACGGCCGCGGGAAAAUGCGCACCCAGCGUUUGUGCUUUAGACGGGGGAAGAGACGGUACGAUGUAACGCGAAGCACUUAAAAUUAUUAUUUUUUAAACCCCCCCCCGAAAAAAAAACGUGCAAAAAAUAAAAACUCGUGCGCACCGCACUUUAUGAAAUUUUAUCGCGCGCCCGUUACGCCCCCUUCCCCCGCCCCCCGCCAAAUUGUUGUGGCUUCCGGGAAAGUUGAUUCCGCCGUGGGUGGAAUGCGUCUCGCGCGCGGAAACCAAGCGUGCUUUGCGGAGCCUGGUCGGUGUGCGCCGGUGCGCCGCGCUGUAAUUGCGUCCCCGAUGGGAAGUGGCACGCUAAAUAAACACGUUAAUGAGCAUCCACCCCCCCCACCCCCACCCCCACCCUCAAAGGACCCAGCGGCCCGAUGCAUUUUCGCGUCUCCCGGCCCCGAGAGUGUCGUUUUGCCGGCGCCGAGCGCAAGCGCGUGACGCCGUGCGAUUGGUUUUUUGGCCCAAGGCCGCCGGGAACCCCCCCCCCAACGCAUUCCGAUGGCUGCAGCGAUGCUGCUGGGCAGACCAGGUGACCGGGUAGUUACCGCACGGUCGGGGUCACAGCUGUGUGUGUGUGUGUCCCCCCCAACUCGACUCAUCCCCCCCCCUCCCCUGCCAACCCCAUGUCUACCCUCCCAUUACUGACCUCUUCCCUUACCGCCCCUCUUUAAUCCCACCUACUACUGCCCCCUUCUUACCCUCGUUCAAUCCGAUGCCCUACCCCUCCCAAACGGGCCCAGGUGACAGUGAUGUCCCUUGUAACCUUGUGCUCGUUGUGAACCGCUUGACUUAGCUCUUACCUGUUUACUGUUUGCUAUAUGUAGCACAUGAUUUCGAAGUGAUAGGCUUAUACAUAUAUAUUUAGAUAUGUGAUGACAACAAAUAAUAAAACCACAGGUGAAAUUGCUGACCAUCUGUUGAAUACAAUAAUUUCUAACUUUGUGAGUUUUUGGAUCAGAUCUGGAACCUGGAGCUUGUGAUAAGAGAUUUAGGCACAGGAAUCUUCAGUUCGUAAUUUUUACAAACUUACUUUUGACUGUGCCAACUAAACAACAAAGAUCAGACGACACUGCUGAGCUUUUCAUCGAGUUUUAUUUAAUUGAACUGAUCAGGAGGUGUUUGAGUGUAUGCAGGCAAUCCGAUCGAUGUCUGAUUAACUGCUUUACUGUUUAAAAAAAAUAAUAAAAUAUAAAAAUGUCGACAGAA